CACGGAACUGACGGAACGGAUGAUCAGCUCCGGAACGAGUGGCGUCGCGGCUCAAUAAUUGAAGGCGGCUGACACGGAACGGAUCGGCUCCGGAACGAGUGGCGUCGCGGCUCAUUUAAUUGAUUUCCAGAAUGCGACGAAUACGAGACGGAGAUGGAUCCGCUCCGAACGAGUGGCACGACUUAUUUAAUUGAAGAAAACGACGCAGAAAGUGUCGCAUCGAGAGAGCUGACAACCCGAGAGGAUAGCUUGAGAGGAGGAGGAGGCCUGGGAGAGGCAUCGGGCGCCAGCGAAGCAACUUUGUGAAUCAACAUAGCUACGUGGCAGUUAUAAUUCCGCUGUUGCGCAUCGGGAUUGGUGAUACACGUCUGCCUGACGAAUGCCAUAUUGGUGACUAAGGCAUCUUCGGAUCCGACGAACGUACCGCAUUUGUGGCACAGUUAUCUGUCGGUUACGAGCGCUCCGUUUCCGAAACAUCCAAAUCAUCAAUACGAUGAUCAUCACGCGAUCGGCAACGAUCUGGAGAAAUUAGCAUCCUCCAAAGAUCUACCGAUAGCGCGUCCAAUGGGACUUCAAUCCGCGUCGACUUCAAGCAAUCACAGGCAGAAAUCGCAAACGGGUCCUCAAAGGUUCCCUACGGAAAUUCACCAGGACGACGUUUGGCUUUCGGCGAAAGUGCCAAACGCAUCUCCGUCGCCUCUGCCGCAAGCGCCGACGACGAUGGCGACGACGACGAUGACGACGACGACGUUAUCGGGACCUCGAGGUAUCCGGGAAUAUCAACCCCACGUACCUCGACGAUUGGCGUAUCAAGAUGUCGAUGUACUCGACAGAUACCUGACGAACGAGCCGUAUGACGAUAAACUGCCGUAUCGUGGAAAAAUUGAGACAGCGUCGUAUUACCGUCGAGGGCCGCAAGACAUAACGGCAAUCAUCAAGGCUCUCGAUCGCUUCCUGAGCCAUACUCUAAACGACGAUGGCUACAAUAGCAAGGUACAUCCGCCGCCCAAUCCCGUUCUAGCCCUCAUUCUGUCCCGAUACGGGCGUUACGUGCCUGGACCGCGAAACCCUCGCGUAUACGCUUAUUUGGCGGCGAACAAUAUCCACAACCAUCAACCCUUCGGCAAGUACAAAUACGAGUUCGACGAGGAGCCAAUUUACACGGCGAGAAGAUAGCGAAUGUAACAAAUGUUAUUAAUGCACUUGAAAACAUGAUAAUGUAAGCAAACGUAUGACAAUAAAAUAACAAUAGCUUGUACA